GCAAUGAUAUUCUUAUAUUUUUUGAAUGUUGGUGAAUCUCCAGGUUUAAAGCAAACAGCUUGAUUCUUGUCACGUACAGGGAAUUUCCAGGACUGUUGUUCUCUUUCACAAGAUGACCUGGUUUAUCCACUCACACACAAAACCUCUCAUAAAGUCACCAGAUGGGCCACCGAGCCAAGUCAAAUUACAGGACGUGUCAUUGUGUACUUCUGAAAACCAAACAAAUACAAAGGCAGAGUAGACCACAAGGCCUCAAUCAUUUUGGGGGUUGUACUCUUGUACAGUUGGAAUAAAAUUAAGACUAGAAGAGAAGAGAAGAGAAGAGAAGAGAAGAGAAAAGAAGAGAAGAGAAUAUACUAGACUCAACAAGAAUAGAGGAGAAUAGAAUAGAAUAGAAGAGAAUGGAAUAGAACCUGAUGAAAUAGAAUAGCAUAGAAUAUAAUAAAUCAGAACAGAAUAGAGCAGAGCACUUGAAAAACGGUGUGAUGGAGCUCCUCAUGUGCAGAGCAGAUCACCUAGUUAUUCACCCAGCUUGUCUGUCUCUUCGCUGAUUGGCUGUCUGGUUGAGCUGCCGUCACGUGGACACCAGCCUAGGCCAAUGGGCGCCUUCGGGGCGGUGCUGCGGAAGCUACCACCAUGCUAGCUGCAGGAGUCCUGUGGAAGCAGCUCUGCUAAACUCAUGUGCUGACAUCCUCUUCCUCAUCUUCCUCGUUGUCUGAUCCGUUAUUCUCCCGGACACGUGGAUCGAGGAGGGAAACGACAACGUGUGACGGAAGCUCGUCGCCCUUGUGCGCCAGGAGGAGCCGGCAGGAAAGGCUGAUUGGUGAGCUAGCCGCGAAGCUAGCGCGGCUAACUGUAACACACCGCCUCUGCCAUCACGACAACAGACACAGCCCACGAGUCGGUGGUUCGACGUUCCUGGAGGCAUCAUGGAGAAGGCGGAUUUCUUGAAGGGACUUCCUGUCUACAAUAAGAGCAACUUCAGCCGAUUUCACGCAGACUCUAAUCGAAGGCCUUCUGUGUACCUGCCAACACGUGAAUACCCCUCUGAACAGAUUAUUGUAACAGAGAAAACCAACAUCCUCCUGCGUUACCUCCAUCAGCAGUGGGACAAAAAGAAUGCAGCAAAGAAAAGGGAACAGGAACAAAGUGAGGGAGACAGCCCGGCCCCCCCAAGGAAGAUCGCCAGGACAGAUAGCCAAGAGAUGAAUGAGGACUCGUAAAUGUGCGUGUGUGUAUGUGUGUGUGUGUGUGUAUAUAUAUGUGUGAAUGAACGUGUGUGUGUGUGUUUGUGUGCACAGGGUGUAGCUAAUACAAACCAACAAAUUCAAAGGAUAAUCCGACCCGAACACUAUGGCAGGAUGCCAGAAUCACACACAAAGAAUUAGGGGAAUUCCUACCAACAAAGCAGCUUUUCCUGGUGUAAAGAUUUGAGUGCAUGAAGAGAUCGACAGAACAGAACCACCAUCAGCGAGGGAUCCUUAUACGGGUGUUAAGUAAUAUUGGCUAUUCCCUGUGUGUGUGCUGGUAUAAAUGUAAAUGCUUGUAUGCAUGCUGAGCUGUGAUUGUGGGUUUAUUGUGCGUUGUACUAUGUGUGUGUGUGAGAGCUGAGUAAAUUGUUGUCGGAGUAGAUUUAGGAUGAGCGAUGGACUUCACAGAUGAAACUUAACCCCAAAAAUCAGUCUCAUACAUGACUCGUGUAGCCUCCUGCCUCCUGGAGAGUCUGUACUGAUUAGUGCAACGAAAACAUUUUUUGUUACUGUUUUAAUUUUAUUAUGAUACCUUUUUAUUUUUUACGUACGGCAACGAGCUUCCUGCCAGCCACAGUGCCCGCCCUCUCGGUUUCACUGCCCACUCUGCGGCCACACGGGGGCAUUGCCACAUUUCUCCACACUGUCCAAACCAACAGAACCAAGAACGCACUGUGAAGAGCAGCACAAAGUAGAAGCAACUGUUUCCCUUAGAUGUGUGUUUAUGGUGAAUAUGCAUAUCGUCGUUCUAUUCUGGGACUUGUGCUUUGUGGGAUAAAUGUUAUGCUGUGACUGAGAAAUAUUUUUUACAUCUAGCACCACCUUCUGGCCAGUCGAAGGUAGUGAGUAAGAAAGGCCUUGGGUUUCAGUUUAAGGAUGAAAAAGUCACAUCCAGAUAUGAAAGUGUUUAUUGUGUUGUUGGGUUUCCAGCUGCAACACUCGGCAACAGCACAGAUAGUGAAGAAGAAUAUGUAAAGUAAUGUAUGACAAAUUAAAAAGAAUACAUUGUGUGUAAAUAAUUACCUAUAACAGAUGGAAUAUCUUUUGUGUCUGCAUUUUUUUGUAAAAUAUGACACCUGUGGAUACAAUAGAAAAUCCCACCCUGUGAGUGUUGAGAGCCGAGCGGACGUGACCCCCUUCUCGCAUGUUGAUGUUUUCAUGGCUGGGUUUCCUAUCCGUGGACCAGUAAUGAGA